CGCCGCCGCCACCGCGGGCUCAACUCCACCCGGCGGAGCCCGGCGCGCCGCAGCCGCACAAAAGAGGCGCUGGGGCCGGCCCGGGAGCGCCGCGGCAGGGCUCGCGGGGAGGCGCAGGAGGAGCGGCGGCGGGGAGGUCGGCUCCGAGGCAGGAUGCGGGCAGCGGAGGACCUGACACUUCUUGGAAACUCUUGGAAAUGGCUCUCGCCACAGCCGCGGAGGGGGCUGCGAACCUGGGGCGGGCGCUCGCCCCGGCUGGGCUGCUGAGCCGCGCUCUCCUGGUGGGCCCCGAGGCGCUGUCCCUGCGCCCCGCCGUCGGCUCGGACUGAAAAAGUUUCUCCAUGGUUCCUUUGUGUCGCCCGAGCGCCCGUUCGCCGCCCCGGAGCUGCCCCAGCCUUCCCCGCAGGAGGAGGUGGCGGAGCAGCUAGUGGACAGCUGGCGCCCCCACUACACAAGCCUCUGCCACAGAGACUAGCCCCGCAGGGCUCUGGCUCACCAUGAUAGCCACCGGCGGCCUCCUGAGGAUUUCCGCCAGAAAGCAGGAUCCCCUCCGCCCCCCAACCCAGGUCCCCAAGCGCAAGCGGAAAGCCAAGAAAAGGCGCAAGAACGAUGUGGUGGUGGUGAAAGGCAAGCUAAAGCUGUGCUCCAUCUCGGGGCUCAUUGCCCUCUGCGGGAUCCUGGUGUUGCUGGUGGGCAUAGCCAUGGCGGUCGUGGGCUACUGGCCCAAGGCCAACGGGACCAACAGGGAAGGGGGUAAGCAGCUGCCACCCGCAGGCAGCGGCCACCGCGCCCCGACCACGGCCAAUAGCAGCGGCAGUGGCAGCAAAAACCGGUCCAGGAACCACCUGGGGACACCGGGGGGUGUCAACUCGAGUUUGGUGGGCGCGCCCCGGAGCACACCUCCCGCGCGGUCCGCCGGCCCUUCGUCCUCUUCCACGUCUGUGGGUUUCUUCUUCCGCAUCUUCUCCGGGUACCUGCACUCUGACAAACUCAAGGUCUUCGGGCCCCUCAUCAUGGGCAUCGGCAUCUUCCUCUUCAUCUGCGCCAACGCGGUGCUCCACGAGAACCGAGACAAGAAGACCAAGAUCAUCAACCUGCGGGACCUCUACUCCACCGUCAUCGACGUGCACAGUCUCCGCGCCAAAGACCUGGCUGCCGCCGCGGCUGCCGCCGCUGCCGCCGCCUCCUCGUCCUCCGCCCCCGCUUCGGCGCCCACCGGGGCCCCGCCGCUCAACGGCUUCCUCAGCUACGUGCAGUCGCGGGGCCUGGAGCUGAAGCCCGGGAGCUGCAGCGGCAGCGCGGGGGACGCCUUCGGGGCGGGGGCGAUGCUGGCCAGGGGCUCCUGGCCCCACCCCGCCGCCCUGGGCGGGGGCGGCGGCGGGGCCAAGGGCGCCGCGUCCCCGCCGGACCUGGCCUCGUCCCCGCGCUGCCCGCGGGAGCCCCCGAGCCUGGCGGAGGCCGUGUACAGCAUCUACCGCGAGCGCUCGGGCGUGGCCAGCCGUCGCCGGGCCGCCGCCGCUGCCGCCGCCGCGGUGGCCGCUGCCGCCGCCGCCACCGCGGCCGCCAGCAGCAGCGGCAGCCCGGCGCCCUGCAGCCCACCCGAGAGCUGGGGGCGCCAGAGCACCGCCAGCUCCCUCGUGGGCUCCUCGGUGAGCGCCUUCGCGCUGCUACCCUUGCAAGGGGACCGCGACGGGGACGGGGAUGGCGCCGGGGAUGGGGACGGGGACGCGGAAGGCGCGAGCUGCAGCUGGCAGAGGCCGCCUGGGGAACGUGGCUCCCGAGAGAUUCCGCGGGGCGAGCUCGACCUGAGCUUGACCGACCUCCGUGGUGCCCCGGGCGGCUCGCGCUGGGCGCCCAGAGAGCUGGAGGAGCCCGAGGGCGCGGCGGCGGCGCACACCGCCAGGGGGCAGGGUGGCCGCCUGCCCAGGACCGGCAGGUAUGCGGCCCUGCGGCGCCGCAGCACCAGCGGGCUCCCGGACUACAGGGCGCCAAUGUCCCCUGAGCCCCCGCCCUCCCCGGGCAGCGCGGAGCUGGACUCGAGCCUUCUGGCCAAAGCUGCCUCCCCCUCCCGGUCCCUGCGGCUGGAGGACUCGCCCCCUGCCAGGCCGGACUCGCCGAGCUCCCAGUCCGAUGACCCAUCCUGCUGCAAUAAGGGCUACACCCCACUGCGGGAGGCUGGCACCUCUUUGGAGUCGGUUGUGGAAGCAGUAGCCAGUAAAAGUCCAGACUGUGAGGUCCCCACGGCCCCGGGGGCGCAGCAGAGGCCCCCCGAGGAUCCCAGCCAAGGGCCACCCGCGGGCCAGUCACCUCAGCCGGUGCAGAGGCAGUUUACAAACAAGGAGAAACUCUUCAUGAUUUCCCGGUCUCAUGCCAUAGGGGUAGAGGAUGGAGAACUGGAAAGUACUGGCAUUUAGGAAAAGAAGGAGCGAGGGGAGGGGGGUAGUGGUGGGCAAAGGAAUCAGAGGAUUGGGGGUAUGCCCACUUGAAUCCGUGAAUUUAACAUUUCCCUAUUUCCUUGUGGACUUACCCGAGGAAAUCAUCCAAUACCCAAAGAGCUGCAGAAUGUUAUCCCUGAAAUGCGUUCACAAGAUUCCUGUAGAUAACUCCAAGCAAUUUUUUUAAAAAAGCAAACUAGUCUUUUAUGUCCGAUGGUGAUUGUAUGUUCCAUGAAAACCAAAUGUAUUAAAAGGUCAGCAAUCUAGUUCAUUAGAUGAAAUUCUCUUAAUUUUCUUAGGAUCAAAAUAAUAUAUUUUUUUGACAGUAACUGUGCACUUUACUCCAACUUUUUCCUCCCCCUCAUUUUCCUAACCCUGUCCUGUGCCUCUGGUUUUGUCCAUAGCUGCUUGUGAAUGACAAGCUUUCCUUCUCUUGUGCUUUUGUGGAGCAUGGAAGGAUUUGUCGAAGUUCUUUGAGAACUGCCCUUACUCAAUGAAGUCAAAGCCAGAAGCAAGAGUCAGGAAAGAGCACUUUUCCUUGCCCCGCCCUAUUCUGCUCCAACAGCUCAAAGGCCUCUUUAUUUUUUAAAAGGGUAUUUACAUUUUGCUACUAGGGUGUCUAAUGGAGGAGGGGAUGGGCAUCAUCUAGAUGGAUUGUUACAUUCCUAAAUUCACUAUAUCAAGUACACAAUAUUGAGUAUUAUCACACCUGUGUUGCAAAUAGCAUUAUUAAAAAAAACUUUUUUUUUAAUAAAAGAAGUUUCCAAACAAACAGUUAAACAUAAUAUCGCUUCAUUUUGCCUUGGAACUAAUGCCUCUAAUACACAUCAAACAUUUAACAGUUCAGCUGGUAAAUCUAAAAUAUUAUGCUAUGACACUAUACUAUGAUUGUAGCUGUCCUCCCCCAACGUGCUCAGUGCUAUCAUGACUCUAUCCAUUUACAGAAGAUUUUUAACUUUUAAACAUAGGGUAGUAUUGAACAUUUGGGAAUUUCUCUUUCAAAUAGAAUGAAACAUCAAAUAAAUAGUAAUUUUCUAUAAUACUUCUAAGUUUACCUCAAAGUAUUAAUUUACAGAGCACCAGGCUUAAUGGCCCCUUUUCAUCCUCUUGGAUUUGACUUACUUGGUUUUGAUUUUAAGUUCAUGAUCUGGAAUCCAUGGCCUACAUAGGCUGAAAAGGUAAUGUUUUAAUAAUUUGGUAGAUGGGUUACACACUUAGUUUUACUGAAAGUCAAUUAGUUACUCUUCAAGAACAGUAAAGAAGGUACGUUCUGAUCCCCUCUUCCUUUGAAUGUGAGGGCUAAGAACCUCGAGGGUGCUAUUACUUUCUUUUGACCAUUUGGGCAUGAGGCUAUCAUUGUAGGACGCUCAAAUACUGAUUUUAAAGGAAAACCAGCCAAAGAUGUGGUCAUGUCAGUCCCCAUGGAUGAAGCAGUGAGUCCAGUGGGAAGAGUGCAGAUUCAGGGCUGAAGCUAGACCCCCCCCCCCCUCAGUAUUUGCUAGCUGUGUAACUUAGAACAGUCACAAAUGCAGUCUCAGUGAUUUGAUCUAUAAAACGGGGAAAACUAGACAGACCUCAUAGAGAUAUGAGUGGGUGGGCAAGGGAUUCUAUGUACAAAGGGGAGCAGAGUACCUGGCUCAGUGAACUCAGUAAAUGGCUAUUGUAAUUAUUAUUAUCAUUAUAAUAAGUUGUCUGCAUGCAGGCUGCGGAAUAACCCUUCCUUCAACUUGAGCUCAAGAAAGCCUGGCUAAAACCUGGAAUAUCCACUUACUAUCUACAUGACCUUAGGCAAAUCACAUAAUCCCUCUGGGCCUCUGGUGGAUAAUAUAAUCUCCCUGAUUGCCUUCAGGUCUAGAAGCUUUACUUCAUUUCGGGGUAUUUGUUUUGUCCUGAAUAUAAUCAUAUUUGUACAUACAACUGCAAAGUGAGUAUAUUUUGUAAUCUACCAUUUAGUGUGACAUGCUGUAAUCAGUUUAAAAGGACCUAAUUUAUUUCCACAUUGGAUCUGCAUUAAGCUAUUAACUCACUUGAAAGCUGUGGAUUAAUUUAUCUCGCUCUUCUAUAGAGCAAAAGUGAGUUUGCGCUAGUAAGAGGGACAAGCUAGUGUAAUGAUACCUCCAGGUAAUCUUAAAUUUCAUUGGUCUCUGUUGUUUUAUCAUACUUCCCCCAAAUUUCUGAUUUCUCUAGUUUCUCUUCUCCAUUAUCUUGCAUAGCGGGCCAGGAUUUAUACAGGGUUUUGAGGAUUAGCUAGACCUGUUGGCAGAUGCAGAACUGAAAUUGGCAUUUCUAGAGACCAUCAGAAUCUUUCUUACCUUCUUAGCUUCCUGCUAGAUCCUUUCCCAAAAACUGUUCUUAGAGACUCGCAGAGAAGUGUUAGGGUGCACAGCUAGUUUAAAAGCUGGAAUCUGUGUCUAAUUCUUCCGGCUGGCAUAAACAAUGUUUUUCUCCAUGCGACUUGACAGGGUUUGUGGUAUCCAAAUCAAUAGGAUUAUUUGAAGCGAUCUUAGAGAUCAUGGAGUCCCUCCCCUCUAUUGAUAAAUGAGAUUGCUAAGAAUCAGAAAGAUGGGACAAUUUGUUCAAAGACAAAUAGCAGUGGCAGGACUAGAAAGCUAAAAUAAUUGCAACAGUUGGCAUAUUGCAUCCCCCUCACCCCCACUGCCCUAUAUUCCUACUCUGUACCAACUAGCUGGGGGACACUGGGCAAGCUCCUUAGCCUCUCUUUGUCUCAAUUUCCUUUUCCAUACAAUGGGAAUACUAAUGCUCCCUACCACUCAGGACCUGACCAAAGAUUCGAUGAAUUCCUAUCUGUGUAGAGCAUUUAUAACAGGCUUAGCACGCGAGACUGUCAUAAAACGUUUAACUUAAAAUAGAAGUAAGCUGGGGCGCCUGGGUGGCUCAGUGGGUUAAGCCUCUGCCUUCAGCUCAGGUCAUGAUCUCAGGGUCCUGGGAUCCAGUACCGCAUUGGGCUCUCUGCUCAGCAGGGAGUCUGCUUCCUCCUCUCUCUCUCUGCCUGCCUCUCUGCCUAUUUGUGAUCUCUGUCUGUCAAAUAAAUAAAAUCUUUAAAAAAAAAAAAUAGAAGUAAGCUGUUAAAACCAUUUCGUAUGACCUUCCUUUUUAUGAACAGAAUAAUUUCAGGUUUAAAAAUCUGAAGUAUAAGGCAACAGAGCAGAGGGGCUCCAAGCAUGACUUGCAGAGGCAAAGGACAUUUUACCUGGGUUUCCGCAUCUGUUAGAAGGAGAUAAUCGAGAGCCUCUGACUCAUGGAAUUAAUUAUUUAAAUGAGAGCUAAAUAAACUAAUAGACUCAAAGAACUUAGAACCACUCCUGGCACAAAUAAACCUUCAGUCAGUGUUAACUUCUAUUAUUAAGGCAAACACAGAAAAUUAAUUAGGAGGCUAAACUUACUAUUCAAUUGCUAGGGACAACCAUAAACUUACUGUACUGAGAAGUCUUUAGAGUUUGAGUUUUAGGAAGAAAAAAAAUAGACUUUAAGAAAUGAGAAUCUAAGCCCCUACAAUGUCCUCAGUAGCAAGUAGAGGUACUGAGAGCUAGAUAUGGGCCCUCAGGGUCCCCUCGUCAUGAUAUUAUGUAAUUACCAAUGCGGCCGCAAACCGAUUCCAUGGCUGUAUUUGGUCAUGGCUGUUCCUUUUCCAUGACAGAGGCCGGUUGCCUCAGGAAGGCCAGGCUAGGGCGAGGUCCAGGCCCCUUUCUGUCAGAGGAGUGGCUUGAGAGGAAGGCUCUGGGAAAAUAGUCAGGGGCAAGCGCCUGUUGAUCUGUUUACAUUUCUAGACAAAAGUUUUUGUUGUUGUUAUUGUGUUUUUUUCCCAUACGAGAUUUCUCUUUAGUCAUUUGAGUUCUUUUUAAAGAUCGAGUUUUGAAAAUUUCCUCUCUGAAUUAGAGAAGUUAAAAAAAAAACCCUCCAACAACAUAAAAUUAGAACAAACUAAAUCUAUGAAUUCGUAUUCUGUCAGAAUAGCAUUUUUGUCAAGAGACAAAAUACCAUUUUGCCAAGAGACAAAAAUACAUUUUAUAGUUAAAUAAAGAAUAGGAUGGAUAUUUGUGGAGCUUUCUAUAGACCCAGACUAUUUAUUUUUUAUUUUUUGGCUAAAAAUCAUUGGGUGAAUAUUUAGACUAAGUUUUUGAAUGACUAACUCUGAAAAGCAUUUGGAGACUUUUUUUUUUUUUUGGUCCUUGGGAAGUCAUCUUUGAGGUUUUUUUUUUCUUCAUACAAGAAUGAGUGUCUUUAAAUGGGGGUGCAAAUUAUAUGUGUUUUAUAAAGUCACUACAAAUUGGGGGGAGGGGUGGUCCAUGUGCAUUAACAACUUUAGUCAAACACUUUCUGCCACUCCCCCAAACUGGAUGAGCUCCUUAUUGUGUGUGACAUCUAUUUCUUUAUGAGGUCAGGAAAGCACUGGGCUGGUGGUGGACCUAUAUAUGGGCCUGAGCCACAGUUAGAGUUAUAAAUGCCUGCCAGCCUGGGAAUUUCACCUUCACCCUUGAGCUGGGGGUUGCUGCCAUCUGAAAAUUAAUUAAUUAAUUUGUUUGUUGAUUUAUUUAUUCAACUUUCAACUGACUCCCAACCCUCACCUCGUUCAUAAUGCUAGCCUGUGAUAUGGCCCUGUAUGAUAAACAGGAUGGUUGGCUGAUAUGUUGUAAAACAUCCUGCUCAUGAUGUUGCCAGUCAAAAGACUUAAAAAAAAAAAAAAAAAAAGCUUAUGCAGAUUCACCUGGAAUAUCAUGAAGCACGAGGAUGUCUCAACAAACCUGUGUGGCUUGACCUUUGCUUCAGACUUCACGCUGCCUCCAAACCCCACUAAGGGCAAGAACUCGGGCACAACAAGAGGGUUGGCUAUCAGUCACAAGGGAGCAGACCCAGAGAUGGAAGAAAAAGAGAAUCCUGCAAAAAAAAAAAAAAAGAAGAAGAAAAAAAAAUAAAGCUAGAUUAAAGUCACAAGGAAAGCUUUUUGUUUCACAAAGGAGCCCGUGGUCAUUUGGUUUGGAGAUCAUUUAUUAGACAAAUGUCUUAAAAUGAAACAUGACAGUAACUUUUAUUCCUUAAAAGAUAUUCUUUCAGCACAUGCAUGGCUGGACAUUAAUUUUUAUAUUUUUUAAUAUUAAAGAAAUUCAACGUAA